UGAGUCUUCUCCGAGUCCUGUAACUGCGUCGGUGAUGAAUUGGAGUUUGGAGUGAAACAGAGACAUACAGUACAUGUUGUAUAGCUUGUGAAUGACAGGCUGCGAGUGUGAGCGCCCCCAGCGUGCACGCGCGUGUCCGGAGCGCGCGUCCAGAGCAUAAAGCAAAGCGCGCGGCACCGGAGCGUCAUUACAACUUGCGAAGUGGUCCAGGACACACGGUGCUGUGCUUCACGUGGCAGACCAACAGGAUGAAGGCAGCAGAGCUUUGCGGCGCAGUCACAUGCGCUCACACGGCGGCUCUUUUACGCACGGAACAUGAACAACUUGGGAAGAAAAUCUGCAUUGUUCAAUCGUCUCGUCUUGUUUUUGUCACGGAAUACAACGUCAUAUAGCACAGCAACAAAGUAAAGGAAAUCCUCGAAGUUUUUACACUACUUUUUUCCCUCUCUUACAUUAUUGUAUGCGUCUGUCAUGCCUCGAGAGAGGAGAUAAUGCGUUUGAAGAUGACACGCAAAAAACGCAGAGGAUGAUCGCGCGCACGUUGUAAACGCUGCUCCACCGGCCAAAGAUGGAGCGCACCGGAGCUUUCAAGCCGAGUCCCGUGGCGUAUGGAGAGCUGCUGAACCUCUCGGCUAACUCUACAGACUCCAAUUACACGGGCGAGACGGUGGAAAAGAGCGCGAGCGUGUUUGCACAGGCGAGUGCGGCGGUGUUUUUAUCUCUUCUGACGUGCGCCACGGCUCUGUCCAACGCGUUCGUCAUUGCCACCAUAUAUCAGUCUCAGAAGCUGCACACACCAGCCAACCUUCUGAUCGGCUCGCUUGCCGUCACUGACCUGCUCGUGUCUGUGUUGGUGAUGCCUGUAAGUGCUGCGUACACCAUUAGCCAAACGUGGACUCUGGGCCAAGUGGCAUGUGACUUGUGGCUGUCAUCCGACAUCACGUGCUGCACGGCAUCCAUUCUUCACCUAUGUGUGAUCGCGCUUGACCGCUACUGGGCCAUCACGGAUGCUGUUGGAUACUCUGCAAAGCGCACGCGAGGCCGGGCAGCCUCCAUGAUCGCUGGUGCCUGGGUCAUCGCCAUAUCCAUCUCUGUGCCACCCUUCUUUUGGCGCCAGGUCAAGGCAGACGAAGAGGUCACCAGCUGCCACGUCAACCAAGACCAUGUCUUCUACACCAUCUAUUCCACCUUCGGAGCUUUCUACAUCCCUACGCUGCUGCUGGUGGUGCUGUACGGUAGGAUUUACGUCGAGGCCCGCAAACGGAUCUUGAAACAGUCACCUCAGAAGCCGGGCAAAAGACUCACAUCCGCGCAUCUGAUCACGCACUCGCCCGGUUCUGUGGCAUCCACCACCUCGCUCACGUACGGCACGGCUGAGUUGACUUCCUACGAUGGUACGACCUCCGGCCAGGCAAACAGCCAGGUGAAGGUCACCAUGUCUGACGCGCUUCUGGAGAAGAAGCGGAUCUCGGCGGCUCGGGAGAGGAAGGCGACCAAAACUUUAGGGAUUAUACUCGGGGCUUACAUUAUUUGCUGGCUGCCGUUCUUCAUUUACACGUUAUUGGUGGCUAUUUGCACCUCGUGCAUGUUUUACCCAGAGCUGUUCGACUUGUUCACGUGGCUCGGCUACCUGAACUCGCUCAUCAACCCUAUUAUUUACACCAUGUCCAACGAGGACUUCAAGCAGGCUUUCCAUAAACUUAUGCGCUUCAAAUGUUGCCGAGCUUGAGUAGGUUGGAAUGAGAAUCCAAGAUUUGAGAUUUUCCAAAAAAACUAUAAGAAUAGAACAUAAGACUCUAAAUAGAGCCACAAUGCUGGUAUCUGACUCCAUAGCACUGUCCACUUUCAGGAGGAAAAAUAUACACACACACACACACACACACACACACACACACACACACACACACACACACACACACACACACACA